AUGCAGCACUACGGUGUGAACGGAUAUUCGCUCCAUGCCAUGAACUCACUGAGCGCCAUGUACAACCUCCAUCAGCAGGCGGCGCAACAGGCCCAGCACGCACCCGACUACCGCCCAUCCGUCCACGCGCUUACGCUCGCUGAGAGGCUGGCCGGCUGCGCAUUUCAAGACAUUAUCCUCGAGGCUCGUUACGGCUCUCAGCAUCGUAAGCAGCGGCGGAGUCGCACGGCCUUCACCGCGCAGCAGCUUGAAGCUCUGGAGAAAACCUUUCAGAAGACACACUACCCUGAUGUAGUGAUGCGUGAGCGUCUGGCCAUGUGCACCAACCUGCCCGAAGCACGAGUCCAGGUGUGGUUUAAGAACCGGCGAGCGAAGUUCCGUAAGAAGCAGCGCAGCCUGCAGAAGGAGCAGCUCCAGAAACAGAAGGACGCCUCACCCGAGGGAACGUUAGGAGCCGGCGAUAAAACCGACCCUCCCUCUGCCGUAAACCUGGAGAACCCACUGGCUCCUUCGUCCACGUCCUCGUCCUCCUCUAUCGAGGCUGAAGGGCCUUCGGAACUGAGCGUGGAGCUAAAUGUCACCUCGGCUGAGCAGUCAGGAAGCGAGUCGGCCACAGAGGACAACGCAACCGACAGGGAAGAAGAUUUAAAGCUUCACCAGGACGACAUCAAGGUGGACAAGUCCGGGAGUCUUUCUCCUCCCUGUAAACGCCUCAGCCCCAAACCAGAUUCACCCCUCAGCUCGCCAGCGAUCACAUCCGGGUCUAACGGCAUGACCGGAGGCAUCUCUCAGAGCCAUUCGUACUCGUCGUCGCCGCUGAGCCUAUUCCGUCUUCAGGAGCAGUUUCGCCAGCACAUGGCAGCGACUAACAGCUUGGUGCACUACCCGUCAUUUGACAUGGCCGCCCCAUCCUCCCUCCCCUACCUGGGCAUGAACGUGAGUGUCCCGGCACCGCUGGGUUCGCUGCCCUGCCAGUCGUAUUACCAGUCCUUGUCUCAGCACGCGCAGCAAGUGUGGAGCGGUCCUUUGCUGCAGGCCUCCGCCGCGCUGCCCGGCCACAACAGCAAGACCAGCAGCAUUGAGAACCUGCGGCUACGCGCCAAGCAACACGCCGCUUCGCUCGGCCUCGACACCAUGCCUAACUAA